AGAUGGUGGCUCAGGUGUCCGCUCAGGUGGUCGUGGGGCUGCUGCUUGGACUCUCGGUGGGUCCCGGCCUCUGCUCCUGCGCCAGUCCGGACUCGGAGCGUGGCAGGAUGGAGCUGUGGCGUGUUCGCAGCCUCGCCACACAGCCCAGGUACGGAGAGUGCUGGACGCGAGCUCUGGAGGAGCUGGACACGCGCUGCAGGGACCUGACGUCAGAGAGCCAGAGCCGGAUCGCGCUGGGAUUCACUCUGUGUCACCUGAGCAGCUCAGGUAGGAAUAUCCCAUCGUGCCCUGAAGGGUCAGAGGUCAGCAGGUGUACAGGUGGGAUGGACGAUGUGGCCUUUAACACAUUUACUGAGUUCUUCACCCACACCCACUCCAUCUGCCACUUCCUGCAGUCCGAGGCCUGGCAGAACCGAGCAGAGAACGCCAUGCACAGGUUAACUGAGAGUUCAGCAGGUGUAGCUGAGCAGCUUCAGUCCACCAGGCAGAUGGCUGAGGACCUGAUGGACGCCCAGAGUGCUGCCUUACAGGCACAACAGGAGAUCCUGAACAAUGGAGAGGAGCUAAGAGUCACCCUGAGAGACUCCACCCAGGGUCUGCGGUCAGUGUUCUCAGAGCUCAGCAGUGUCUCCAGGGAGCAGCAGGUGGCACUGUCUGAACUCUUCAACAGAGUUUCCUUCCUGCAGAGUUUCCUCCUGAUGGAGGCGCACAGUCUGAGCUCCUGCUGCUACCACGCUGCUGCUCUUUUCACCUCCUUCUUCCUCACCUCCACGCAGCGCUCCUCCAGAGCCAGGUUGGUGCUGUUGGGGUUGGUGUGUCUGAACUUCUACCUGGAGAGGAAGAUCUAUCAGUUUGUGAUGACCUCUCAUCCUGAACACCAACACAUGGAGCUGCUCAGUGUGUAUGCGAGUGUGUUGCGGAGGGUCAUGGUGUGUGUAGGACUGUGUGUCCUGCUGUGUGUGUGUGUG